UGCGACAUCCGCAAGUCACCUUGUCCUAGAGAUUUACACUGUUAUCAAAACAGACAUUAUUUUACGUGUUUCUAAAAUCUCUUAUGGGAAAAAUGAACGAUGUAAAAAUGACUGGACCUAUUUCCUUGUUUGACCACUAGGUUUUAUGGGUAAUAUGACUCAUACUAUGGUACUCCACUGCGUUGCAUUCUGUCCGAAAUGUGCUGUAUAAAUAAAGCUUGAUUUGACUCUUAUUCUGAAGGUGUAUACAAAUCCGUGACCCGAAAGCGCUUACUUAUUCGUGCGUACUUUACAACGGAGUCAUUCUAACCUCCUCACGGGAGCAUUUUCCUAACUACGUUUCACGCUUUUAUCAAUUUAGGAGUCCGCAGCGAGAAGACACCCGUCUUUAAUUUCACAGUGAAAAAAUGACCUCGAUUCGGUUAAAUCUGCCAACGUUAUUGAAUCGUCUCUUAAUCUGCGUCACCUUGCUGUUGAAUAACCGCUGCUGUGUCGUUGCCAAGUGGUAUCACAGACCCAACGUUGUUUUGAUCCUCACCGAUGACCUGGACGUCGUUAUUGGGGGCAUGACCCCACUGAGCAAGACCAAGAAACUGAUUGGUGAAGCAGGGAUCACCUUUACCAACGCUUUUGUAGCCAGCCCACUGUGCUGUCCCAGCAGAGCCAGCAUCCUAACAGGAAAGUAUCCUCAUAACCACCAUGUGAUCAACAACACUCUGGAGGGGAACUGCAGCAGCACGGCCUGGCAGAAGACCCAGGAGCCCAAGACCUUCCCUGCUCUACUGCAGGCCUACGCUGGUUACCAGACCUUCUUCGCUGGGAAGUACCUGAACCAGAGCAAAAGGAAGAACUACCCACCAGAUCAACGAGGAAGUGUGACGUACUCCGAUUUGAUCUGCGAAUCAGAAGCGUACGUCUCGGGGUCUGGCAGGAAGCUGCGUAUCAACAAAACGGAGGUGAGGGACGCACCCAAAACCUAUGUAGGACACUGA